AUGGACGACAAUAUUGCUGUAGUUGUAGUUUCCUCAGUCUCGAUUACAUCUGGACAUCAAGUUGGUCGUGUCAACCAAAAUAAUCUGGGUCCGUCAACUUCUAGCCCCAACCGAGGGAGAAAAUUCACCAAGUUUUUGCCGAAGACAGCAUUGCCAACCUCUUCACCCACCGCAAUUGACACAACAAAGCCUAAGUUGGCAACACUACCCGCCAGCCGAGCUACAUUAGGUGAAAACAUAUCACCUCAACCUCCAACAACGGAUAAGAGUUCGAAGGGCAAGGCUAGGGCAAUUGAUGAAUCUGAAAGCGACGAAAACGAAGACUCCGACGACACAUCAGAAGAAGAGAAUGUGUGUGAGGCCGAACUCACCACAACCAAAACAGCCAAGCGUGGCCGCCCCCGUAAAAGUAUUAUACAGGAAGCUGUUAAGCGAAUGAAAAAAUACUGA